CUGAAUUGGCUCUCCAAACUCCUACGCCGACUCACCUCCAUAGUCCGACGACUCACAGUGCUUUGCCGUCUAUAAAGAAGCAGCCUCAAUUCAGUUCCCCCCCCCCCCCCCACUUCGAUUUUCUCUGGAACUAGUGGUUUCAAGGAUUUUGAUUGGUUGUUAUAUGGGAUCAAACAUUCACAAUUUUUUGUUAGUUGAAUAAAUCCAUCCUAAUUUCUCUUCUACGGGAACUCAAUUGGAAUUUAUUUAGGUUCUUUCCAUUGGGCCUGGCUUACACCCUAGAAAUUCCAGGUACGGAUUGAUUUCGCUGUGAAUUUUCGUUUUCUUUAGCUCAUAGGAUCGGUCGUGUCUUUUAUUGUGCUGCUGAGUGCGAGAAUCAGGGUUUUACUCUAAUGUUGGUUCGAUGAAUUGGGAUCGGAAAUGUGGUUUCUUGGUCUAAAUCGAUCAAGAUUUUGUUCUAUCAAGGUUAUCCAAUUUGAUUAUGGUGUGAUAUUAUGAAUGUUGCCUAAUAUGAGCAAUGGAGAGGGGAAAGAUAAGUUCUUGAGUGAGAAAGAGAAUCCGCAGGCAAUGAAGAAGAAAAAGAAGUUGGGGGAAGACGAAUUUGCGCAAGCCAUUGCCAAGAAUGUGGUGGCGCAGGUUUGUGAAAGUUUAGGUUUUCAGAGCUUUCAGCAGUCUGCAUUGGAUAAUCUCGCUGAUGUAGCGAUGAGGUAUAUUCGGGAAAUAGGGAAAACUGCGUCUUCUUAUGCAAAUUUAGCUAAUAGGACGCAGUGUAAUGUCUUCGAUGUGAUUCAAGGGUUGGAGCAUUUGGGCUCAGUUCAGGGCUUUUCAGGUGCUUCGGAUGUUAGGCAUUGCCUUACAAGAUCAAGUGUUGUUAAAGAUAUUAUUCGAUAUGUUAGUCUAGCAGAUGAAAUCCCAUUUGUGUAUCCGAUCCCUGCUUUUCCCGUUGUGAAAGAAAGGGUAUUGGACCUUAGAGUUUCUCAGUCAGAGGAAAUCCCCCGUGACGAACAUAUACCUUCCUGGCUGCCCAUGUUUCCAGAUCCUGCGACUUAUGCAGAGUUAAGUUCUGGAAAUGAGAAAGACUCAGAAACAGAGGCGGUUAAGCUUCAGCAGGUUGAACAGCAGAACAAGAGAGCUGAGAGAUCUUUACUGAAUUUGCAGCAGAAAUUUAUGUGUAAUGGAACUGAAGCAGGAGUAGUUGUUGAACAAGGGGAUGCUGCAAAGGCACAACGAGCAGCAGAAAACAAUCCAUUUCUUGCUACCCCUCUUCAAUUCGGGGUGAAGGAGGUAUCUUUGCCCACUCUUCCAGCUAGAAUUAUUGAUGAAUCUAUGGAGUACGGUUAUCAUCAAAGUCACAAAAUUGUGGAAAACCUAGUCUCAGUUAUGGAGCCAUCUUCGCAAACCAAUGAAGCUGCAAGGAAUGGUCCUUGUGAACCUGAGGACAGGAGAAUGAUUCCUGUAAAUGGGAGGCCCAUUGUACAAUUCACGUUUGGGAAUGUUAAGAAAUCGUUAAGCAUGGUAACAAACCUUCGAAACAACAGCACGAGGUGAACUUCUCCUUGGUUUGGUGAUGAUCAUGAUGGAGCAGAUGAGAAGAAAGAUAGGGCUGAGUUGAUCCUUUGUGAAAAUAUGGAGUAUCCACCAGAAAUGUCUAAUGUGUAAAUUAGAAUGUUUGAUUAGAGACUGUAUAAUUCUUUUUGGAGCCAGCAUCCAAUGCUUGCUUCAUGGUAGUCAUAGUCGAGGAGCUAGAUUUUCUCUACACAGGCAUUUUAGAGUUCUAAGUUUCACUGAGUUGUUGAGGGUUAGUUGUCAGUUGUUUUUUGUAUUACUUUAUAUCAUUUGACCCAAUCAUUAAUUCAUAAUGUUGACCUUA